AUGAGGAUUUUGUAUAUUUUACCUACCUUAGAGUUAAAGUCCAAGCGCCGUUUUCGCAUUCCCGGGAUGGGCCGGUUUUUCAAGUGCCAAAAACGAUUCCGAUUUGUCAUCCGGCGGUUGGUGAAAUCUCAAAGCUUCUACAUCUCGGUUGUCGUUUUGGUUUUGUUAAAUACACUGUGCGUUUCGGUGGAAUUUUACGGCCAACCUGGAUGGCUAACGGAAUUUUUAUAUUAUACAGAAUUCGUCUUUCUCGCUGUUUUUAUGUUGGAAAUGAUGCUAAAAAUCUAUGGACUGGGCGCGCUGUUGUAUUUUCAGUCUUCAUUCAAUAUUUUUGAUUUUACGGUUGUGAUUGCGAGUCUUUUCGAAAUCAUAUGGCAAAUAUUCUACCCGUUGGAUUCGUUUGGAUUCUCUGCUCUCCGAAGCAUUCGGUUACUACGGAUAUUCAAAAUCACCAGAUAUUGGGCCUCGCUAAGGAAUCUUGUUUUAUCCUUGCUCAACGCGAUGCGGAGUAUUCUCAGUUUGCUAUUCCUCCUGUUCCUGUUCAUGCUUAUCUUCGCUCUGUUGGGGAUGCAAUUAUUCGGCGGAGAGUUCAAUUUUGAUGACGGAAAGCCUGGCCAAAAUUUUGACACAUUCGUCAAAGCCUUACUGACAGUAUUUCAGACUUUGACUGGAGAAGAUUGGAACGCCAUCAUGUACGAUGGGAUACGCUCACAAGGAGGUGUCAGCAACGGAGGUUUCAUUUAUUGUGUCUAUUUUGUGUUGCUGGUGCUUUUCGGUAACUACACACUACUGAACGUCUUCCUUGCUAUCGCUGUGGAUAAUCUUGCCAACGCCCAAGAACUAACUGCGGCUGAAGAGGAAGAGAAGCGUUUAGCAGAUCAGCUUGCAGAAGAGGAGAACAAGACAAUAGCUAGUUCCGGCACUAGCGACGACCCACAGGACUUGGGAAGUGCUCAAGCUGUUAUCACCAAUAAAAGGUAG